UUUUAUUGUGACGCAAUGAAUCCAUUACUUAAAUGUACCUUGCAGUUUACAAAGAUUUGAGGUUUGAGAUGGUUUGUAGCCACUGCUUAAUGCCAAUGAUCACAUCCAGUUCUAUUGCCCUGCCUGGGGGCACCGCUGAUGCUUUCCUUUCUGGUAGGCUGCUCGGUCUCUUCCUGGGGUAACGACAAAGGCGGGGCUUGCACGGCCACGCCUCCGAGAGGCGUGGCCGGUUAGAGGCGGUCGGGCGGAAGCUGGAGGCGGGAGUAGCGCGCGCUUCUGUGUUCCGAGGCGGUGGUAAGGUUCUGUGCUGCUGCUCGGCUUCACGCUUCAGCCGGUCCCGUUGCUGUGCGGCUCGCGUCCAGGCCCUGCCAGCGGUCUGCGCCCGCGGCGCUGGUCCCCGAUGGCCCUGUGCAACGGUGAUUCCAAGCCGGAGAAUGCUGGAGGAGACCUUAAGGAUGGUUGUCAUCACUACGAAGGAGCUGUUGUCAUUCUGGAUGCUGGGGCUCAAUAUGGGAAAGUCAUUGACCGAAGAGUGCGGGAACUCUUUGUGCAGUCUGAAAUCUUCCCCUUGGAAACACCAGCCUUUGCCAUAAGGGAACAAGGAUUUCGGGCUGUUAUCAUAUCUGGUGGACCUAAUUCUGUGUAUGCAGAGGAUGCUCCCUGGUUUGAUCCAGCAAUAUUUACCAUUGGCAAGCCUGUUCUAGGAAUUUGCUAUGGCAUGCAGAUGAUGAAUAAGGUUUUUGGAGGCACUGUGCAUAAAAAAAGUGUUAGAGAGGAUGGAGUUUUCAACAUUAGUAUGGAUAAUACGUGUUCAUUAUUCAGGGGCCUGCAGAAGGAAGAAAUUGUCUUACUUACACAUGGAGACAGUGUAGACAAAGUAGCUGAUGGAUUCAAGGUUGUAGCACGUUCUGGGAACAUUGUGGCAGGCAUAGCCAAUGAAUCUAAAAAGCUGUAUGGUGUACAGUUCCACCCUGAAGUUGGCCUUACAGAAAAUGGGAAAGUAAUACUGAAGAAUUUCCUAUAUGAUAUAGCUGGAUGCAGUGGGAACUUUACUGUGCAGAACCGAGAACUUGAAUGCAUUCGAGAGAUUAAAGAGAAAGUAGGAACAUCAAAAGUGUUGGUUUUACUCAGUGGUGGGGUAGAUUCAACAGUUUGUACAGCUUUGCUGAAUCGUGCUUUGAACCAAGAUCAAGUCAUUGCAGUACACAUUGAUAAUGGCUUUAUGAGAAAGCGAGAAAGCCAGUCUGUUGAAGAAGCCCUCAAAAAGCUUGGAAUUCAGGUCAAAGUGAUAAAUGCUGCUCAUUCCUUCUACAAUGGAACAACUACUCUACCAAUCUCAGAUGAAGACAGGACCCCACGGAAAAGAAUUAGCAAAACAUUAAAUAUGACAACAAGUCCGGAGGAGAAAAGAAAAAUUAUUGGUGAUACUUUUGUUAAGAUUGCCAAUGAAGUAAUUGGAGAAAUGAGUCUGAAGCCAGAGGAGGUUUUUCUUGCCCAAGGCACUUUACGACCUGAUCUAAUCGAAAGUGCGUCCCAUGUUGCAAGUGGCAAAGCUGAACUCAUCAAAACCCACCACAACGACACAGAACUUAUCAGGAAGUUAAGGGAGGAGGGAAAAGUAAUAGAACCUCUGAAAGAUUUUCAUAAAGAUGAAGUCAGGAUUUUAGGCAGAGAGCUUGACCUGCCAGAAGAAUUGGUUUCCAGGCAUCCUUUUCCAGGUCCUGGCCUGGCAAUCAGAGUAAUAUGUGCUGAGGAACCUUAUAUUUGUAAAGACUUUCCUGAAACCAACAAUAUUUUGAAAAUAGUAGCUGAUUUUUCUGCAAGUGUUAAGAAGCCUCAUACACUAUUACAAAGAGUCAAAGCCUGCACAACAGAAGAGGACCAGGAGAAGCUCAUGCAAAUUACAAGUCAGCAUUCAUUGAAUGCUUUCUUGCUGCCAAUUAAGACUGUAGGUGUACAGGGUGACUGUCGCUCUUACAGUUAUGUAUGUGGAAUCUCCAGUAAAGAUGAACCUGACUGGGAAUCUCUUAUUUUCCUUGCCAGACUUAUACCUCGAAUGUGUCAUAACAUUAACAGAGUUGUCUAUAUCUUUGGCCCACCAGUUAAAGAACCUCCUACAGAUGUUACUCCAACUUUUUUGACAACAGGAGUGCUCAGUACUUUACGCCAAGCUGAUUUUGAGGCCCAUAACAUUCUCAGGGAGUCUGGGUAUGCUGGGAAAAUCAGCCAGAUGCCAGUGAUUUUGACCCCAUUACAUUUCGAUCGAGAUCCACUUCAGAAGCAGCCUUCAUGCCAGAGGUCUGUGGUUAUUCGAACCUUUAUUACUAGUGACUUCAUGACUGGUAUACCUGCAACACCCGGCAAUGAGAUUCCCGUAGAGGUGGUGCUAAAGAUGGUCACUGAGAUAAAGAAGAUUCCUGGAAUUUCUAGAAUUAUGUAUGAUCUAACAUCAAAGCCCCCGGGAACUACAGAGUGGGAGUAAUAAAUGUGUUGUUGAAGAACUGUGUGCAAUUGAGGCUCAUUAGAAACCACGUGUUAAUGACUUGCAGUGCUGUGAACAAUGUUCCUGAAGCAGCUACUUCAUAUCCAAGUUCUCAUAGCAGCAAACCAUGGCUUAGUGUGGAGCCGAGGAUGAUUAAAAGGCAAGGAAUAGUUAGUGUGUCUAGGUAAAUAAUCAAGGCACCAUUAGCCAAAUGCAGACAGAUUGUUCUUGCUUUUGCCUCCCUUAUUCUUAUAUAUGGAUUCUUGAUAUCUGUAUAUGAUGAUGGAAGACUAGCUUCUGUCUGCUUGCUCAUGUCUAGGAACUGUUAGAAGCAGAACACCCUUCAGUUACCAGUAUGACUUACUGUGUGUGCCUUUUCGGGAAUCUGAAUUUUUUUUUAAUUUUUUAAUUUUUAUUUUUUUCUUAAAUGGGUGAAGAAAAGCUAUUCAUGCCAUAGAAAGGUAUAAGAGAGCUGUUUUGACUUUUUUUUGACAUGAUACAAGAAAAGUAAAAUAUAAGAUGCUUCAAAGAUGUAGCACACCAGGAAUUUAUUAUGGAAGGACUUAGAGUUUGAUGAUGUCACAGCCAUGGGUAAAAAGGAAUGACCAUGUUUCCUACAGAUGUCAUGCUUUUCGCUGUCAUCUUGUCAAUAUAAACAAGAGCGUUGUUCUCCCAGCCAUGUGUCACCAGUUUCUACAGCUGUGUAGAAAGAGUUAUUAAUCUCUCCCCAAGGCCGUCUCAGAUACUCUCUGCCAAUGAGGCUGUCUCAGAAAAGAUUAAAAGGUGAGAACUUGUUCCCUUUCUUUGGGAGAGAAAAUGUUUCUUUUACUUAGGAAAGAGCUGUAAAAGGACACCCUAACUCUGACCUGUAGACAGGUUUAUUACUCCUAGUUCAGCAGUCUUGACUGAUGUGGGGUGUUUGCCAAUAUCCUUUCUGCUACCUUCUGGAGAGGGUUCAAAACCAGUGCAGGCAGGACUUAAUGCCAUUGCCAGUAGUUCUCAAAGGUUCUUGAUGACAUUCACACAAGCCUGCGAAAGUAGACAGUACAAAGUGAAGUUCUAAGAAAUACUACCAUGUUUUUCUCACUUGCUUUUACCCCCAGUUGCAGUCUAAUGUCUCGUUUGGCUCUUUUCUAUUACUUGAGUACCAGUUUCUGUUUAAGAUUUAGUGUUAAAUGAAAACAAAAGGACACAUAGCAGAAGUCAUGGUUUUGGCUUGUCUAGAGGAUAGCCAGCAACUGCUGCUUAACCAAGAGGGAACGAUCUCUUACUGCAGACAUCCACGCCAGAAACAGUGUUUGUCUUCUACAAAAGGUCAAGUGUUUAUUGUCCCAGUGAGAAAGUUCUCCUGAUGGCUUUCUAAAAGGAAGAUGUGAUAGAUUUAGGCAGAUUGAGGGUUGUGUUAUUUCUGAGUGGGAACUGCCAAGUACAGAAUGUUUACCAAGGUAUCAAUGCAUUUGAUUACAUCAAAAACCUUGUUCUAGCAAAAGUAUCUGGUGUACAGAGCAAGAAUCAGGAAGAAUGUAAGAUGUUCUUACCCUGAAGUUUGUUUUGUGGCAUACUGGUCACUGCCAUGGUCUGUGUACAGCUGGUCAGGUGAUCGUGUACUCUGGGAAGAGCUGCUCAUUUGUGACUUUUGCAUUCUAGACAUUGAUGAUAUAUAUAUACUACUCAAAAAGAUUAGAGUUAAAAUGUACUUAGUGUUUUUCUAAUAUGUUCUCUUAGAUGCCUUUAUGUAUGUAAUCCUUAAUGCUGAAAAGAAAACUUCUCCAGAACACCUCUGCAGAGGAUAUAGAAACUUUGUGAGACUGAACUAGUUUUCAUGUUUACUAUGUAUUUUCCUGUGUGGUCAUUUUGCCUGGUACUGUAUAGCUUACUUGAUGUCACAGUAGUUCAUGUGGUCCAUUGAAAAUAGUCCAGUCAAGGAGACAAACGAGCUUAACUUGGGAAUGGUUACCAAGUGACUUUAAGAACCAACUGCCAGGUUUUCUUGGAGGAAGCCAUCCUUCCAUUAAGGAUAUCCUUAUAGGCUAUUUACUUUUUGCUUGGACUUCAUGCAUAGUAACAUUUAUCACUUGAUGACCUAGGCAGUUUUGGCGUACACUAUUAGUUAUUUGGGUUUGAGACACUUGUCUACAUAAUUGUGUUGUAUUAUUUCUUUGUAACUAUUAGAAUAAGUGAAAUCUGAAAAUGUGAUUUAUUCCAAAAUUGGCAGACCAGAAAAAAUUUAAAGCCAAAUAAAUAAAUCCUAGCUUUAUUUUAGUGGACGUAGUGAUGGUCCAUCUGUGGGAUAUAACAACCUAACAUAUUUUUUUUACUUUUUUUUUUUGUUUGUUUGUUUUAAGAGUAGUUUAUUUUAUGUAUAUGAGUACACUAUAGCUGUCUUCAGACACAUAGAAGAGGACAUCAGAUCCCAUUACAGAUGGUUGUGAGCCACCAUGUGGUUGCUGGGAAUUGAACUCAGGACCUCUGGAAGAGCAGUCUCUUAACUGCUAAGCCAUCUCUCCAGCCCUUGAUAGAAGUUUUGAGGACAAGUUUUUAGAUAUAUCUCAGUGAUGGGAUUAUACCAAUUCUUCUCCCCUCCCCCCCUUAUCUUGUAGCAUGUAACCAAAUAUCAUAGAAUUGAUUUCCUUGCUGUGUUGUGACUUAGCUUCUGAUGGACAAUUUUAGAGAAUAACUGAAUUCUAUUCUGUAUAGAGAAUGAAGGUAUUCAGGUAAAACAGACAAAACUGUCUGUCUUACUGAUUUGCCUUGCUAUUAAGGAUAUGUGGUUCUAGAAAGGUCAGUUUAAUCUCAUUGCCUCAUCGAUGAAGUUACAACAUCAACCCAACCCUGAAUGGGUACUCUGUGUUCUUGAAACAGUAUUUAUGUGGCUCAUUCUCAAGUUCAUCCUGUAUUUGAGGACAACCUUGAAUCUUCUCACCCUUGCCUGUCCCACCUCAGUCCUGUGCUCAGGUUAUAACUGAACCCAGAACUGUGUCUAUGCUUAGCAAACACUACCGAUUGAGCCACGUGCCUAGGUGCAUUCUUAGUUAUAAGCAAGAAAAAACAGAGCAGGAGACGGUGGAAAAGCUGGAUAGUGCUUUUCUUAAAACAACAA